AUGUCCAGGAAAUGCAGCCAGCAGGCGGUUAUCACUGGAAUUGAUGCGAAGGCGGGUCUUGAACAACAGUCCGAUGUGCUUAGGAAGUGGUAUUAUCCCGCAAAGCAGACGUCGGACAACGGAGAGCAGCUCCAGCGGAAAACGACAACUCUUAAACUACAGCUCGACUACGUUUUGACAAGGAACAUCGCCUUGUCGGAUAUCCAAAAACCUAGAGCUGUGGUUCUGGAAGAGCAAUCGAGGAGCUCAACCUCAACCGAAGAUCGGCAUGACAGGUGCGAAGACUCCCACCCUUUGCAGUUAAGAUGCUGCAAAGAAGACGCUCCCGAUUUUGAUGCCAAGGAAGAAGUCCGCACUUGCAUCUGCGGAGGCAAAACCCAUCCAAUCCUCUCUCCUCACCGUCAUUUCAACUCCAUUCGCGCUUAUAGUAUUCCACUAAAGUUCAUUCGUCUAACCGAAGACAUGAACAGAAGAACAACUGCUGCUGUUCGAACACAAGCUGGAUUUAACACACCGUUCAAAGUGGAAACUGGAGUAAGACAAGGAGCCGUGGUGGGACCCUUUCUGUUCAACUUUAUCAUUGAUAACAUCAUGCGAAGAACAGUUGAGCAGUUUCCCGCCGAUGUCGUUUUAGCACCAUCUGCGCUUCCCUCGGUCAAUCUCGAGUACGGCGACGAUGUAGUGAUAUUAGCUUCAAACAAGGCGAAGUUGCAACAUGCUCUUAACCUUGUAUCGAAGUUAGUUCCGGUCUACGGACUGCGACUCCACGCUGAAAAAUGCAAGCAGAUUUGGGUCCCCACGAGACCCUCAGCGGGAAUCAGGGAGGACGGACAACCAGUUCAACUUGUAGACGAGUUCGGUUAUUUGGGUUGCAUGUUAAAAAACGAUGGCGGCUACGAGAGAGAUAUUAAGCAAAGAUGCGCUAAGACCACUUUUGCAACAACGAAAUGCCAGCGUCGACUCCAUCACCUGCGAAGUCAAGCUGCGAAUCUCCCUAUCCGCAAUGCGUCCUAUCAUGAUGUACGGAUCGGAGACUUUGGUAGCGUUGAUGGAGUGACGUUGAUGGAGAAGCUCGAUUGUACGGAAAGGAAACUAUUUAGACGGAUGCUUGGCUACUUUUGGCCAUUGGUGUGUCAUAACCAAGAACCUUACUCUAUGUGGAUGUGGUGUACCAGCGGAUGA